CCUCCGAAGCUUGCUGCGCAGAACUCAUUGGAGAUAGUGACGAAAAUCCAUUUGUUCAGCUCCAUACUGCGCAAGACUUACGCAGGGAUCAUCAGUUCCCUUCUGGUGCAUGCAGUGUAGCUGCGAUUCAGCAGCGGUUAGUCUUUCUGCAAUCGACUUUCGAAAAUUGCAGGUGCAUACAUUUCCAGUGUACACAGGCAAUAAUCUAGUAUAUGUAUCCUGCAGAUUCUCUGAUGAAUUGGCAGUGUUCGCUUGCAUAUGGGCUAUCCUGGCAGGUCGAUCAGGAUAGCUCAAAAGCUAUUCGACGAGCUCGUGCUGCGGCGGAACGUAUCUGGCUGGCCUUGAUCUCAGGACUUAAAUUUUGUGCGCGGGCGUUUGCGAUCAGUUGGCUCGGCUAGGGAUGGAGCUUGGAGUGCUUCAGACCGCAACACCACAACCACUGAUCCGCGGGCUCAUCUGCAGUUGGAGAUGGCUCUCACGAAUGGUCCUGAUAUGAUUAUUGUGAAAUCUGACAGAGAGUUGGAAGAAGCUAGCGAAGAUCGCGAAGGUCGGGCCAAUUUCCAAGAUAGUAACCACGAGAGAUCAUCUCGAGCUCAAGCGGGUGGUGCAUUCGGAGCCAAUGCACGACAAUCAGAAAGCUUUACAGAGACAAAAAGAGCGAGACGACCCAGCAUCCCAACACGAUCCUGAAGUCGAACUACUCCGAGUUCUCAGUGACUUGUUAGUCAAGACGUACCAGCAUCAGCUGAGCGACGAAACAUUCAGUCUGGGUGCACCCAAGAAAUUCAAAAAGGCAAAUCGUAUGGACCAACAGAGGGAGAAAGUGGUGUUAAGGUUUAUGGAGAUUUUGGGCAUCGAGGAGAAAUCGCUACGACGGCAAGUGGUUCCAGACGAAGACCUGGACAGGAUCAUCGGCAUGUAUGAGGAUGGCUUUCUCAUGAAGCGUGAAUUCGCCAGGCAUCUGCUUACCUUGGACGCAGUAUUUCUGGUAUGUUUCAUGCUGUACAUGUAUUCGGAAUGCAAGUUCAACAGGGCACUGAUGGGGGAAAAGGACUUGGCGUCCAUACGUGUUACCAACUUCGAUAGGCGACGAGAGUCCGUGAAAAUUGACGGAAUUGAGAGCGAAUUUGAUUUUUUCCCGCUGCUUGAUUUCUUCGACCAGCUAGGUGUCCCUUGCAAUGGUCAUAUCAUGCGGUCAGAUUUGUGGCUUCUGGAAAAUCAGAUUCCAUUGAGUCUGCUCAGAAAUGUUUUGAGGAUGAUGUACGGUGGUGGUGAAGAGGUAGUAGAGAAGGGACUGAAAGCUCUCGUGAGGGUUGCCCUCGCCAAUGUCUUACCUCAAGUACCCGGAGACUGCUCCAAGCCGAGUAAGGUCUCUUCGAGAAUCGACAGAGAUGUCAGUUUCAAACAUUGCGAACACCUUCUGGAGUGUCUGUAUAGAGCAGUCUGUCCUAAGAACUGGCAAGGAGAUGGACGAGAUGAGUCGCCGAAACGGGGAUCGGACUGGAGGGAUAAACUAGCCAGCUGCUUUAGACUUGCAGGCAUGAAUUACAGACCAUCGUAUCGGGGUGAUGAUGGUGAUCGCAAGAGUCCAAAGGGAGGGAGGGAAGAACUUAAGGAGGAAGAUUCGAAGACAGAUGAGCUCGAGGACGCCAUACUUCCUAAGCACAAUCCCAAGGUUCUUCUCCCUCCGAUUUCUUCCCUUCAGAAAGCAGGCAUAAGAGUCGUGGGCGAGGAAUCGCGGGGCUGCAUUCUGAAGUUUGCACAGGCGAAGAGAAUAUACCACAAGGCAACGCUCUGGCUUCCACAGCUGCGCAUCGACGACAGCACCGAGAGGAUCCUGAGAAAUUUGGUCGCGUUCGAGUCGACUAUAAGCACCGGCACGGGUGAUGACGAUCAUGACGAUCAUAUCCUGAUGAGUUUCUUGCAAUGCAUGAAUGAUUUGGUGAACACGGAGGAAGAUGUUCGCCUCUUGAUGAUCGGCCCAAAACCCGUCAUCCAACUGAGCUUCCUGGGUGAGAACAAGGAUGUGGCCGUCAUGUUCAACAAUCUGAUCCAGCAUUGCUACUUUGAGCACACGCCCCAGUCGGCCAAACUACGCAAAGAGGUAUUUCGUUGUUACAAUAAAAAUUUCCGCCAUCUGUACACUGAGUUCAUCGAAACACACUGCAGCAGGCCCUGGAUCGUCAUGUCGUUGCUCGCCGCGACGAUGCUUCUCGGGAUGACCGCAGUUCAGACAAUCUACGCUGUUGUGAGCUUCUAAAAUAGUUGACCCAGAGGCCCCUCGUUUGUCCGUUGCUGACUUUUUGUCCAAGCCGUGUCCAUGUCAGUACGAGAGCCUAAUGACACAAAAGGACGAGAAUCAAAAUCGCGUGCACGAGUCUUCUUCUGAUCAUGGGGAAGAUCAUGUGUUUGCAGUCUACAGGAUUCGUGAUGUUACAUCACGAAUCCUGUAGACUGUCUUACAUCACUGAUGUAGGACUCACCAGGGUAGGUGCCAGGGUAGGUGCCAGUGCGCAGCAGAGACAGGUCUGUAGUGUCGCCAUGUGUAGAAGAGGAUGAACCUGAACCAGGAACUACGAGUCGUUUGAUUACCGGAAAGGCUUAGUAUGAUCAUAUAUUAUAUCAUAUCAUUCAUGCUUAUAAACUCCUGAAAUCCAAGCCUAGAUGUACAGAGAGAGACGGCCUCAUAUCUUAGUCAAGGGGCCUUUAAUAAUUCAGACCAAACCGUAGGACUGGGACCAUGGAGCGAUGUUGAAAAUGUUGAAAUCCAUGUAUAUAUCAUAAUUAGUAUCAGUCGGUCAAAGAGGAAGAUCAGCAAUAAAGUCCAGAUAAUGGAGCAAGCGAGAACGUAGUAUACCCCACUCUCUUCAAUUUAAGUGAUUGACACGAUCUGAAGAGUUAGAUAGAGGGUUCGGCAAUUAAGGUCCAUGGGGUUUGUAGCAUCCUUUUUGUUUAAGUGGAAAAGUCACCCGGGGUACCCUAGUACAAUUUACAAUUAAAUUACAUAGUAUGGGUGAUAACCAUACGAUUUCAUGUCUAGGCUUUGAAAUAGAAAUUCUAAGUUCUACAAGUAGCCGGAAGCGAGAUGACAUAGGAGCACAUGUGCAGAUAAACAAUUCGUUUCUGUAAUUUAUUCAGUUGCAAUUUCCAGCGAAUAUGGACGCUAGCAGUAGUUCUAAUCUGACACUGCACUGUACAUUGAACUAGUAGUCGACACGAACUUCAAGGAUCGCGUAGUUGAUAACGAAACGUGUUCGAGCCAAGAGGGUUUUGAGUGUAGACGUGAGGUACAGUGCAGGCUUUGAAGGUUUCAUUAAGACAAGCAUUCGGGAUAUUUUUUAAAGAAAGUGGCAAUAUAAGGAGAG